AUGAUCAAGCCCCAGCUCCGGUCACAGCAUGGCGGCUCCGCCCGGCGGACACGCGUGAUCGCGUGGGCGACGCUGCUAGUGCUCGUGGGCCUCGCGUGGUUGUUCCGACACGUGCUGUACACGUCGUGGACGCUCGUGUCGCUGCCCGUCAACUGGCGCGACGGGGCCGACGAGUUCGUGCUGUCCAAGGCGCACGACGACUUUGACGUGACGUUUGUCGACUACGACAAGCAUCAGCUCAGCGCCGCCCCGCACGCCGACGUGGUGCCGCCCGUGCUGCACCACAUCGCGCUCGGCAAGCGGCGCUUCCGCGAAGGCUGGCAGGAGACGGUGCAGAGCUGCCUCGACCUGCACCCGGGCUGGGAGGCGCACAUGUGGACUGAUGAGACGGCCUCGCGCUUCGUGGCGGAGCGGUUCCCCGAGCUCCUCGAGACGUGGAAGGCGUACCCGUACCCGGUCGAGCGCGUCGACGCGCUGCGCUACAUGGUGCUGUACGAGUACGGCGGCGUCAUCCUCGACAUGGACCUCAAGUGCCGGCGCGCGCUGGGCCCGCUGCGGCGCUUCGACUUCGUCGCCCCCGAGGCCCAGCCCGUGGGCUUCAGCAUCGGCUUCAUGAUGGCCGCGCGCCGCAACGACUUUGUCGGCGCCAUCGUCCGCAACCUGACCACGUACAACCGCCGCUGGCUCGGGCUGCCGUACCCGAGCGUCAUGUUCAGCACCGGCUGCCACUACGCAAGCGUCAUCCACCUCGGCCAGGCCAACCGCACCAACCUCAAGAUCCUCCCCGGGCCCAUGCACAGCCUGAGCGGCCGCGUCACCACGCCCCUCUUCGACCACCUCGGCAGCUCCUCGUGGCACUCGUACGACGCCCGCCUCAUCGUCUCCCUCGGCCACGGCUCCAACCUGUUCUUUUUCUUCGGCGUCGGCAUCGCCCUCGCCCUGUUUUGGCGCAGGCGCACCAUUCUGCGGCGGUUAUGA